AUGAGCCACCUGCGGGCGGCCGCCGCCGAGUGGGUGGAAGGCGGCAGGGACUUGGGGGCCCAGCAGCAGCUGGAGCAGACUCUCCUCGGGCAGGAGCAUCCCGGUUGCGGUUUCCCCCCCGCUUGGCUGGGCAUGUGCUGCCCGGCACGCGUCCCCGCAGCCGCCGCCGCCUCCCCCAGAUACCUGCUGCCCGGAGCAGCGGAGGAGGAGGAGGAGGAGCCGCUGGAGGCGGGGGGAGCCGAGCAGCACCUGGGCGGCUGCAGGAGCGGCCCCUCGGGGAAACUGUGCAAGCUGCCAGGGGGCGUCCCGUCGGCGGAGGGGGUGUCGGGCUGCGGCAGGCAGCGCGCCCCGUCCGGGGGGCUCCGGCAGCAGGUGAGCGGCGUGCAGAAGCAGCGACGGCUGGCGGCCAACGCCCGGGAGCGGCGGCGGAUGCACGGGCUGAACCACGCCUUCGACCAGCUGCGCAAUGUCAUCCCCUCCUUCAACAACGACAAGAAGCUGUCCAAGUACGAGACCCUGCAGAUGGCGCAGAUCUACAUUAGCGCGCUGGCCGAGCUGCUGCACAGCCCGGCCGCGCCCGCCGACACCCCAGGCAAGGGCGAGCACCGCGCGCCGCCCCACGAGGCAACCGGAGCAGAGGCCGGAGCUGCAGGGCAAGGACAGGGGCAGCAGCAGAGACCCUCGCCCUCCGGUCACUGCAGGACUCGCUUCCCCCAGCAGCCGGCUGCGGGGGGCUACUCCGUGCCCCUGGACCCUCUGCACUUCUCUUUCCAGGAGAGCGCCCUGAUGGCACAGAAAGCCCCCUCCCCGGCCCUCCUCGGGCAGCCGCAGGAGAGGAGCAAACCAUCGCCCAGGUCCCACAGGAGCGAUGGAGAGUUCUCGCCCCGCUCCCACUACAGUGACUCUGAUGAGGCCAGCUAG